AUGACCUCCCCCGUGCAGACCUCCGGCGCCGGCUCCGCACCGGGCCCGUCGUCUCACAACCGCCAAGAUACGCCGGUCGCUACUGAGGAGACGCCUCUGCUUGUCAGAUCUAGCUCAAGCUCGUCGGUUCGCCUUGUUGCUCAGAAAGACAGCAAUUCUCGUCAUGUUGAGAGUACUCAGUCCAAAGUACACAUCCCGCUGGCAAGAGGCAUUGCCAUAGGUCUGAGCCUAUGGCUCCUCAUCUUUCUGACAGCAUGCAACAUGUCUGGCAUGACUCUGAUCCAAGGUGCUAUCGCGGCUCAACUAGGUUCUCGUGGCUCAUCUGCCAUGUGGUUCACCAGUGCCUACCUCAUCCCGAUGUCUUCUCUAGCACCUGUAGCAGGUCGUCUAGCUACCAUCUUCCCACCCAGAUCUCUCAUCAUCCCCAUUGCGGCUCUAAUUGCCACGGGCGGACUGAUUUGCGCUGUGUCGACUUCGUUCGGAGCAUUUGUCGCUGGAAGAGUCGUCGCAGGCACAGGUGCUGCAGGAGUCUUGUCGCUCGCCAUCAUUAUUGGACUGGAAUUGGCGAGUGAGAAGUCGAGGGGUCUUGUUCUUGGCUUGAUCAAUGCGGGCUUCACUGCUGGUGUCUCCUUUGGGGCUAUCGUCUUUGGGGGCUUCAUGCCAGUAAUUGGAUGGACUACGUCCAUCGUCAUGUUUCUCUACGCCAUUGCAGACGAGAUCCAAAUGAUACCUCUAUGUCUUGCACCAGUCAUACUACUUCUCUUCCUAGCAGUAGAGUACUACGUAGUUGCAGACCCCAUCAUCCCCGUCAAGGUUCUCUCCUCUCGGGGUAUCCUGUUUUCAUGCUUCGCCCAGCUGGGUCUCAUGAUCGCCCGCUGGAGUGUCCUGUUCUACGCGCCUAUCUUCAUGCUCGCAGUUCGUGGCUCUUCUCCUGCAGCUGCAGGCUCGAUUUUGAUCCCGACAAACCUAGGGUUUGGGCUGGGCGGAAUUCUCGUUGGCUGGCUUCAUGUGCGCCGCAGCGGUGCAUUUUGGCUCCCAUCCAUCUCAGCCCUAGCCGUCUUCACCGCCAGCACAUACGUACUCUCCGUUAUCAGCACUACCAGUCUUCCUCUUGUCCUCUUCCUUCUUGUCGUGCUCGCGAAUGGUCUUGCGACCGGCGGAGGUGUCAACUACACUCUUGCACACAUCCUUCACCUAAGCCACGACGAUACCCGCUACAUCGCGACCAGUCUGCUGGGCACGUUCCGUGGCUCUGGUUCGAGCUUCGGCACCGCGGUUGCAGGCGGUAUAUUCUACCGCUUACUUAGGGGGAGUCUAGUAGCCGGGUUCCUGCAGCUGGACGGUGGCGAUCACUUGAGCGGUGAUCGGCAGAGACUGGUGUCCAACCUCGUCAAUACACCGGGCCUGGUCCACGGCGGUGACCUGAGUUCUACAGAGCGGAAUAUCGCCAUCGAGGGUUAUGCUGGUGCGACUAGAGGUGUUUGGCAAGCCAUGGCCGCGUUAGGUAUCGUGGUGGUUUUGUUUCAAGCUUUGACAGGCAAGACGGCACCUCACGAUAAACACGCAGCUGAGGUGGUGGACGAGGAAGCGGCAAGGGCUGUCGUGACAGAAAACGAGGGCGUCGGCGAGACGUAA